UCAAUUUUUUACGCCAUGGCCUUAAAAAUAGGCACUGAAUUGUUAAGCACUUUUGCCAGUGUCUUCAGAAGACACAACAUAGCUGAGGAGUAGACCAGAGUCAGCAAUUCUUCUGGUCAGGAGGGUCUUUUCCAGUUGAUAUUCUGAUUUUAUUUUCUCCAGAUUUUGAACUUCCCUGCUUCCUGGACCAUCCUCAGCACUUUUCCAAUCACGAUGGUCUCCUACCAAACAGCUGCCCCUGAAAUCUGUGAAUAUGCUGAGAAGAAAAGGAUUUCUAUCUAGCACUCCCGAAGACCUCUUUCUGACCCAGAUCCAAAGGCCUGAAACCUGAAUCUGACUUCAUGAUUUUGCUUUGAGAUUCUCUGCUUUGUAUUGGGGGUGGAUUUGUUUUCAGGUCCUAUUCUGAUACCCUAUUUUCUGGAGAGGAUCUUGCGGCCUCUCAUGAUUCCCAAAUCGCAUCCUGGGACCAGAUUAUGGCACUAGGAUUAAGUUUAAUCCCUUGCUGCUAAUGUGAAUUUCUCUCUUCAGUUUGGUGCUACUAUCCUUAAAUCCUUUGUCUUUUCAUGUCCUAACCAUGCGGAAGGAAAACAUCACUCAUAUCAGUGAAUUCCUCCUGGUGGGCUUCCCUGCUUCCCCUUGGCUGCAAGUUCUGCUGUUCCUCCUCUUCCUCAUCACCUACCUAUUUGUGCUGUUGGAGAAUGUAGUCAUCAUCCUCACUGUAUGGGUCACUGGGUCCUUGCACAAGCCCAUGUACUAUUUUCUGGGCACCAUGUCCUUUCUGGAGACCUCAUAUAUAUCUGUCACUGUGCCCAAGAUGCUGGCUGGAUUCUUACUUUGUUCCAAUACUAUCUCCUUCCUGGGAUGCAUGACCCAGCUCUAUUUCUUCAUGUCACUCGCCUGUACUGAGUGUGUGCUCUUGGCUGCCAUGGCCUAUGACCGUUACGUGGCUAUAUGCUGGCCUCUUCGCUAUCCAGUCAUGAUGACCACAGGAUUUUGUGUUCAGCUAACCAUCAGUUCCUGGGUGAGUGGCUUCACCGUCUCCAUGGCAAAGGUAUACUUCAUCUCCCAGGUUGCCUUCUGCGGCAGUAAUAUCUUGAACCAUUUUUUCUGUGAUGUUUCUCCCAUCCUCAAACUGGCCUGCACAGACUUUUCCAUGGCUGAGCUGGUAGACUUUGUGCUAGCCAUUGUCAUCCUUGUGUUUCCUCUCACAGCCACUGUCCUUUCCUAUGCCUUCAUUGUCUCUGCCAUCCUGCACAUUCCCUCCGCCGCUGGGCAGUGGAAGGCCUUCUCCACCUGUGCCUCUCACCUUACAGUGGUGCUCAUCUUCUACACGGCUGUGAUCUUCAUAUAUGUCCGACCUCGGGCCAUUGCUUCAUUCGAUUCUAACAAGUUGAUCUCAGCCAUCUAUGCAGUUUUUACUCCCAUGCUCAACCCCAUCAUCUACUGCCUGAGGAACAAGGAGGUCAAAGAUGCCAUUAGGAAAACCAUGGCAAGUGGCCGAGCCCUUCUCUUGAGAGAUUCUCUUUGCUGAAGAGACUGAG